CUUCAGUUUAUUCCGGACUUUCGUCAAUUGAGGACAAACGAUAUAUCAAACUCAUCCCAAGAGAAACAUUCAAAUUUUCAUGGAGAGCCGCGUAUGUUCUGUCCUUGUGAUAUAAAAACUGAGAAAGGUGUAUACAUAAACAAUGUGUACCACCACAGAAUCUGUAGUUAAUAAAAUACAGUUCGAUUCAUGCCAUUCAUGUGCUACUAAGUGUGUUAGAAAGAGAGACAUGUCUCGAGCACCAAGAAGUUUUGAACGAGAGUACCGUGUAGGAGAUGUGCUAGGAAAAGGGGGGUUUGGCAAGGUGUAUGCCGGGGUCCGACGUGCUGAUCUUCUCGGAGUCGCAAUCAAGCACGUAGCUAAGAAUAAAGUUACAGAUUGGGCCAUCGUUGGGGGCAGGAGAGUUCCCAUGGAGUUAAAACUUUUACACUCCGUCCAGUCUGUUCCUAAUGUGAUUAGACUUUUGGAUUUCUUUGAGCGGACCGACUCAUUUAUUUACGUGAUGGAGCGACCUGCUAAUAGUAAGGAUCUGUUUGACUUCAUCACCGAGAGAAAAGUUCUUGAAGAAGAUUUGGCGAGGAACUUCUUUAGGCAGGUGCUUGAGACAGUUAUAGCUUGCCACGAUAAGGGAGUGAUUCACCGAGACAUCAAGGACGAGAAUCUUAUUGUUGAUCUGACUACAGGCCAGCUUAAACUUAUCGACUUUGGAUCUGGGGCUAUGCUGAAAGAAGAUCCUUACACUGAUUUUGAUGGAACCCGCGUAUACGCUCCUCCAGAAUGGAUAACUUGCUCCAGGUACCUUGGCAACCCUGCCACUGUCUGGUCCCUUGGUAUCCUUCUCUUCGAUAUGGUCCAGGGAGAUAUCCCCUUCGAGAAGGACGAGCAGAUCUGUGUAGCCAAGGUGGAGUUCAGACGAACCUCAUCGUCCGGUGUUCAGGAUCUAAUUCGUCAGUGUCUUAGGAUUCGUCCUCAGGAUAGAAUUGAUCUAAGUGAUAUUCUUUCACAUCCCUGGAUGACAAAUAGUCCGACCAUAUCAGAUAUUAGUCCGGAGACUAUGAUCCAAGAAUCGUCCGGCCAAUGUUCAGUGUAAGGACGAGUUUAUGUAGAAAUCAAGAUUCUGUCAUUGUCAAAGUAUGUACAUACACCAAUCCGUGAAAUAGCACUCUUAAAGAGUAAGUCCACGCCGUACUAAAACUGUACAGUGUGUCCCGAGUAAGUCCACGCCGUACUAAAACUGUACAGUGCGUCCCGAGUAAGUCCACGCCGUACUAAAACUGUACAGUGUGUCCCUAGAAAAUCCCCGAGAAUCCAGCUCACCAAAUAUGGGUCUGGAGUUUCAUCAUUUACAGCAUAGUUUGAUAAUUCAACACAAGUGUUCCUCACCCGGAAAAGGGAUGAUAAUCUGUCGGAAAAUUUUCAAUUUUCUAUUUUUUCUAAUUUUGCUACCAAGUCUGGAGAAACAUAUACCCGUGGAAUAAAACACUGGAACGAAUGGAGAAGAAUUGUAAAAAGAACUAAUCUUAAAUAAGUUAUAUUUACUGUUAAAAGUUGUACUGUAACAUGCGUGUUUAUUAGUGGCUAAGCCAAUUUUUAAAUUGUACUUAUUAUUUUGUCAUAUUGUAACAUCUAUAUUGAAUUUUACGCUGUUUAACAGCGAAUAUGUGUAUCUCUGUAGUAAAACUAAGCAUACAUUGUUAACACAUUGAUGUACGGUGUACCAAAAGUGUAAUGAUGUUUGCUGUAAUGUACAUUGUACACUCUGGUGUGCAUUGUACAUAUUUUUAAACUGCAAUGAAUGUGAAAGCAAGCAUUCUAAACAUUCUGUUAAAUUAUGGCAGUACCGUGUGCUUUGCUGCACACAGUACACUGUAAACUGUACAAUGAACAAUGUUCAAUCCGUACAGUGUACUCGGUGCAUAUUUUUUCUGCUGUACAUUGUGCGGCAAUAAAUCUGGUUUCUAGUUCCCUAAUAUGUAAUGUCAAAGAUCUCACUCCUAGGUUUAGUUAAUAUUCACCAUACAACAACAACAACAACAAAUACAUAAACAAACAAAAAACAAGAAAAGCGUCUAUCCAAAAACAACCAUUAUAUCGGUAUUCAGAAAUACAUCAUUUCAUUAUAAUUUACUUUUAAGAUAAAUUUGGAAUUAGCAUAUAGCCAUUAACUAAAAAAUUAUAACUUUCUUUCUUCAUUCAUUUUUUCAUGCCAAGACAACAGUUAGUUACCCUUUCUUUUGCGAUCUUUUGCCUUUUUUACCCAGUUUAGAUAUAUUUUGCUGUGCGAAAUAUUUUUUACUUGUUUUUUUUUUAAAUUAAAAACUACGUUGAUCGAAGUAUGAUUAGUUUAGAUUUCUUUUUAUUUUAAGAAUACUUGAUGUUCCUAUAAAUUUGACUCUAAAAUGUGUACUUGCGUCCCUGAAAACGUCAUUUUCUUACGUCUGAGUUGUAAAUAUUAGGUAGAUAGAUAAAUAGAUACAUAUUCUAGAUUUUUAUAUAAAAAUAACUUGCGACCUGACGUUAUUAAUUAGACUUACAUUGAUAAUGAUUAUUUAGUUCCUUUCUACUUUAUUGUGUUUUAG